GCAGCAAUGUUCUUUAUAUAUUGGAUUAUUUUAUGUUUAUAUAAAAACAAGCUUUUAUUUUGCUUGUUACUCUAUCAUAUGCUAUACAAUUACCUGACACGCAAGAAACCAGUUCCUAGGCAUUGUCCUAAGACAACCACCAGUAGGGGUUUUUCUGAAACCAAAACUGUGUGUAGCAUGGGGUUAACCCUCAGUAGCAGCUAUUCCAGACACUAAAGCUUGUCUUCUUUGUGCACGUAAGAAAUGCAUUCAAGAGUCUAUUGUCUUGUUUUCCUUCCUUAAUACUCCAUUAAGAUCACAAAGUCCUAAUUACCAGGCAGGAGGAAAUUGAGCAAAGUGCUUAUUGAUUUACAGAAAGCCAACAGUAAAUCUGCGGAAAGAGUAUAGGGGGCACUGAGAUCCUUGCAGGCAGUUUGGGUUUGGUUUGGCUGCUGAGAGGGUCUGGCACUUCAGCUGGGGAUGGAUAAUACACCGAAGCAGGGGAGAACCGCUAUGUUGUCUGUGGAUGACAGACAGGACCUGACAGAACUUGAAAACUCCAUGGUGAAUAUUAUUAAGAUCUUCCAUUCGUAUUCAGGGGAAAACUGCAAGCUGAGAAAAGGGGAUCUGAAAGAACUUAUUAACACUCAACUGUCUACCUUCGUCAAGCAGAUCCAAGAUUCUGAGACACUGGAUAUCAUCUUCACAGACCUGGAUGAGAAUCAUGACCAGGAGAUAGACUUCAGCGAAUAUGCUGCACUCAUUGCUAUGGUCACAUCUGCUUGCCAUAAGUCAUUCCAUGAAGACUGAAGAAGACCAAUCACAUGGACCAAAUGCACAGCUUGGGUUCAUCUGACACAUAUCAUGAAGGCACAACUCAAUUAUAAAAUGUUAUUAAAGACUGAGAUAUGAAACAGUAUCAGGGCCAGAUCCCAGAGGGAAAGAAAUCAGACACUGGGGAAUGGCAUCAGUAUUAGACAAACAAGGAUAAGCUUGAGUAGUCCUUCUCUGUUUGGAUGACUAAGAAAUGCUCAGCUUCUGGUACCUCAGUUAUAUUUUCUGUUCUCAUUAAAUUAAGAUAAAUUGAAAUAGAAA